GUUGAUAAACACCAGAAAGAAAAAAGAAAAUCAUGAAAUACGAAUAUUUUCGAAUAAAUAUUUCAUCAUUAAUAUUCAUAAUUGUUUGUGUGGAAUUUGUUCAAAUUUGUUAUGGUCGUCAUUAUCCAAAAUGUCAUCUUAUUGAAAUGGAAAAAUGUUUUGAUAAAUUACAUCAAUUAAAAGAUUCACAACAUGAUCCAUCAUUUUUGUUAACAUCACAUGAAGGUCUUGAUAAAAUAUGCCGAGUUUUAAAAGAAGAUUUUACUGGUUGUAUUUUGGCUUAUCUGAAAAAAUGUGGUACACCAUUACAUAAAGAAUUAAGUAAAGUUAUUUCCGAUGCUAUCCUCGAACAUAUGAACAUGAUUUGUGAUUCAAAUUCUGAAUUUAGAAAUGAUUUAUUGGAAAAAUCUCCAUGCAUCCAUGAAAAGAUAUUAUCACAACAAGAUUAUCAAAAAGAAUGUAAUAAUCCAUUUUUUACAACAGUUGCUUGGGGUGAAAUGAAAGCACAUUCAAAACAUCGUGAACGUUCACCAAUUGAUUAUGCAUUCGAUGCUGGUUGUUGUGCAUAUCGACAAUGGGAACAAUGUACAAUGCCUAAAAUUCGUCAAAAUUGUGAAAUUGAAUCCGAAAAUAUAUUACAAAAUGUUAUUGGAAAAUUAUUAGGUGGUGUUACAAAUUUUCUUUGCUAUCAGGAUAUAUUUAGUCCUGGAUCACAAAUAUGUCAAACAUUACCAACAUUAGAUGAACAAAUGUCACAGGUAAACAUAACGUAUGCUGAUCAGCAAAAAUUUUCAAUAUUUUCAGUUGUUAAAAUGUUUUUGACCAGAGUGGAUGAAAGUAAAAAAUGAUAAUAAUUCUAAUAAAACAAAAACAAAAAGUGAAA